UGUGUAGAAAACUUCAUCGCGAUUGGGCUCUCCUUUCAAAAGUUAUCGUGUUAACGGCCGGACGGCCGGACACACUGACCGAUUCUAGAGUGUACUCACUUUUUGAGUACACAAAAAUGUUUCAAGUCAAAAUUCAAAACCCAGUUUUUCUAAUGUUCUUGAGGAGGAUCACGGCUUUUUCCUUAAAUAUACAGUAAAAAUGUAAUAUCAGAUGUUGCUCAAAGUUUUUCAUCGAUAAUUAAUUGAAUCUGUAUUUGUUAUUUCCUCCAUUAACAUGACAAAAUGUUCUCAUCUAAAAUGCUUAAAAUUGUAGGUUAGUGUUUAUACGAUAACAGCAUUAAGUAUUGAACGUUAUAUGGAUGUUCGUGAAACAGCUCAUCGUUAUAAUGAUCAAGUAAAAUUAGCAUUAGUAUUAUCGUAUAUAAGUGUUUUAUGGAUAUUUGUAAUAUUAUUUCCAUUGCCAAUGUCGUCAUCAUUAUUUGUUCAUAAUCGAACCCGAGCUGCAUUAGCAUCUUGUGUAAGUGAAUGUCGAUCAAGUUGGACAUCUGGUGAGCUAUCUCGUUAUGUUCAAUUAAAAUUUGCUUGUGCAUUUUUACUUCCAUCAUUAAUCACAUAUACAUUUUCAUUUCGUUUAAUUUUAUUUCUUCAUCGUUGGUCAAUGAGAUUUCGACGUUUAUCAUUAUCACAUCGUUCAUUAAAUGUUUAUAAAAGACGUGCAACAAGACUUGUUUUAUUAAUAAUAAUAUCAUUUUUUGUUCUUUGGUCUUCAUUGUGGAUUCUUCAACUUGAUGAUACAUUAAAUGAUCGAGGUCCAAUACCUUAUAUUCAAAUAUUAAAUUUUGUCACACUUGUUUUUGUUUAUGCGAAUGGUUUAUUAAAUCCAUUACUUUAUUUAAUUUUAACACAAAAUUUUCGUGAUUAUAUUCGAAUAAAUAAAUGGUCACCAUGGUGA